CUCGCAGUUGCGCUGCGGCUGCCGAGCGUGGGGUGCACCAGGCAGUCAGCUGCGCUCUUGGAGCCAUGGGGCGCGCUGUUGGGGAACUGGUCUCGUCGCUUUUGGGUCUGUGGCUGCUGUGCGGCUGGGGGUACCCGGGGAGCGCGGAGCCGCGAGCCCCGCCAGAUAAGAUCGCGGUUAUUGGAGCUGGAAUUGGUGGCACAUCAGCAGCCUAUUAUCUGCGACAGAAAUUUGGGAAAGAUGUGAAGAUCGACCUGUUUGAAAAAGGAGAGGUGGGGGGCCGCCUGGCCACUCUGACUGUGCUGGGUCGGGAAUACGAGGCUGGUGGUUCUGUCAUUCAUCCUUUAAAUCUGCACAUGAAACGUUUUGUCAAGGACUUGGGUCUUUCUGCUGUUCAAAUGUCUGGUGGCCUAAUAGGGGUGUAUAACGGAGAGUCACUGGUGUUUGAGGAGAGCCAAUGGUUUAUAAUUAACAUGAUUAAGCUAAUUUGGCAGUAUGGACUUCAGUCCCUUCGCAUGCACAUGUGGGUGGAAGAUGUGUUAGACAAGUUUAUGAGGAUCUACCGCUACCAGUCUCAUGACUAUGCCUUCAGUAGUGUAGAAAAGUUACUGCAUUCUCUAGGAGGGGAUGACUUCCUUAGAAUGCUUAACCAAACACUUCUUGAAACCUUGCAGAAAGCAGGCUUCUCAGAGAAAUUUCUUCAUGAAGUUGUUGCUCCUAUCAUGAGGGUCAAUUAUGGCCAAAGCACGAACAUCAAUGGCUUUGUAGGGGCAGUGUCAAUGUCUGCUGUUGAUUCUGGUCUUUGGGCAGUAGAAGGUGGCAAUAAGCUUGUUUGCUCAAGGCUCCUUCAGGCUUCUAAAAGCAACCUUAUAUCUGGCUCAGUAAUAUACAUAGAGGAGAAAACAAGGACCAAGAAUACAGGAAACCCCACAAAGAUGUAUGAAGUGGUGUAUCAGAUUGGACGUGAGACCCGGUCAGACUUGUAUGAUAUUGUCUUGGUGGCCACUCCAUUGAAUCGAAAAAUGUCCAACAUAACUUUUCUCAACUUUGAGCCUCCCAUUGAGGAAUUUCAUCAAUACUACCAACAUAUAGUUACCACACUCAUUAAGGGGCAGCUGAAUUCAACUAUCUUUAGUUCUAGAACCUUAGAGAAGUUUGAUCUCAGUGCAGUCUUGACCACUGAUGAUUCAGAUUUGUUCAUUAACAGCAUUGGGAUUGUAUCCCCUGUAAGACAGAAGGACAGUCCUCCACCGUCCACAGAUGGGACUCAUGUUUGGAAGAUCUUUUCCCAAGAAACUCUUACUAAAAGACAAAUCUCAGAGCUCUUUCUGUCCUAUGAUUACGCCGUGAAGCAGUCAUGGCUUGCAUAUCCUCACUAUAAGCCUCCAGAGAAAUGUCCUUCCAUCAUCCUCCAUGAUCGACUGUAUUACCUCAGUGGCAUAGAGUGUGCAGCAAGUGCCAUGGAGAUGAGUGCCAUUGCCGCCCACAAUGCCGCUCUUCUUGCCUAUCACCGUUGGAAUGGGCACAAAGACAUGAUUGACCAAGAGGACUUGUAUGAGAAACUUAAAACUGAGCUAUGACGUAAUACUGCUUUUCCCUGCUCCUGGUUCCCAGAAUGGGGAGUAUCCCUGGGGAAAAAAAAAAAAAAAUCUGAGCAGUGAUAAUUUUGAAUACGACAUUUUGCCACUAUCAUUGUUUAAAACAAAUAAUCCCAGUGAGUCAUGAGAAAACACAAGAUCCUAAUUGUGAACCUUCGAAGUUCAAGCACAUAAUUUUGAAUGUGUAACUAAUUGCAUUUAUACCAUCUCCAAAAUUUGACUCUUAAUCUCCAUCAACAGUAGUUUUCAAACUUGUCUGCUCAAAAAAUUACCUGGAAUUGGUUCAGCGUGGAUUCUCUAGCUCCUCUAGGAAUUUUGAUUCACUAGGUUUUGAACAAAAUCUGCAAGCAUUUAAAACCAUGCACUUGAGGAAGAACUAAAGAAAUAGGUUUUAAUUGGAAAGACUUUAAAAAAAAUUUUUUUAAACCAGAGCACUGUUCAGCUGUGGCUGAUGGUUGUAUGGGGGACUGAACCUGGGACUUGAGAGCCUCAGACAUGAGUCUUUGCAUAACCAUUAUGCUACCUGCCCUCACCCGAAAGACAAAUCGUUUAGUUGAAGACCUGCCUUUUUAGUUUAUUUGUGCUUCACAACCAGAUGUGAUCUUCAAUCAUAAAACUACUGUGGGCUGAUAUCUUAUACCCAACUUUAUUAAUUUACACUUUUCGGAGUAAAUAUGCUUGAUACCUUG